CUUGCAUUUUUCUUUCAGAUCCCGUGCACUCGAACAGAUGCUUGGACUAGGAACAAGCACGUUUUUUUUUUUUUUUUUUUUUUUUUUCCACAUCAUUCACCCACCACAACACACAACGCAAUUAUAAAAAUAAUGCACAUCAUCAAUGAACAAUCUCGCCAUAAACAAUGACUACUCAUAAUGCUCAACAAGAUUCCAUUUUUACCCAUGUCUUGAUAGUUAUCCUCGGUACUAUCACAAUAGCAUGGCUAUUAUCGUUGACAACAAAAGGACACACUCACCAAACCAAAAGGAACAAAGACGACGCUCGAUGGCAAAGAUGUAAAUCAGAAUACAGAAACAUGAUUUCCUACAAAACUAAAGUAAUCGGUAGGAUAGAUAAUAAGGAGGGGGGGAAAAAAAAGAAUAAAAAGGGUACGAUCGGCAAAUUGGAAACCGACAUGCUGUUUGCUAUAACUGUUCCGACACUGGUUCACUUGGUUGUGGCUCCGUGUUUUUUUUUUUUUUUUUUUUUUUUUUGUGCUUUUUACUAUCAUUAUCGUCUGCGAAAUAUGCUGUGACACUGUCAAAGAGGCUAUCUUAAUCCUGGAUACGAGUGAAGCUCCUUCCACCUUUGGGUUUAUCGUUCAACUUGGGGUUUGCUCGACUAAGUUGAUCCUUGCCCAUCUUUGCAAAGUCAAAGUCACAAUCAUGUUUCGUGGAGGCCUUGUGUGUAUCGCAGAAAACGAAUUCUAUGAACAAU